AUGGUUCUUGCCUUGAAAACAAAAAUCACACGAGAAGUGGCUGAUAGAGUUGAAGCUGAAAAGAGGGGUCGCAGUAUUGUGAUCAGUGGCUUAGCGGAAAUGGGUGCUGAUAGAUCUUUGAUAGAAAGACAGAGGGACCUGGAAGAAAAAGUGGCCAAUGUCCUUGACGCGCUGGAGCUUGACUGCCUGCCUGAAGUAGCUUAUCGGUUGGGAAAGUUCAACGGUAACAAGCCGCGUCUUGUUAAAGUUGGACUCCCUUCUCGCUCCCACUAG